ACAGAGGAGGAGGAGAAGGAGCAUCGCUCGCCUCAGAAGAAGAAGAGAGAGAGAGAGAAGGGACGAGGCGCCUCAGCCAGGGUCCUUUCCCCAGGAGGCAAGACAAGGAGGGGCGCCCCCCAGGCCGGGACUUCAGCCCCUUCCUCUUCCUCCUCUUCUUCUUUUCUCCUGUUCCUCUUCCUUUUCCUCCUCCUCCUGCUUGCCCUCCCUUUCUUCUUCUCUCCUUCCUCUUUCGGCGCCCGCUCUUCCUCUCCUCCUCCCUCUCUCGCCGCCGGAGGAGGACGGUGUGUCCGUCGGGGGGAUGCUGCACCUGCCGAGCUUGAGCUUCAGCGCGGCGCAGGUGGCGGGCGUGUGCGAGACGCUGGAGGAGAGCGGCGACGUGGAGCGUCUGGGGCGCUUCCUCUGGUCGCUGCCGGUGGCCCCCGGGGCGGCCUGCGAGGCCCUCCACCGCAACGAGUCGGUGCUGCGGGCCCGGGCCGUGGUGGCCUUCCACGGGGGCCACUUCCGCGAGCUCUACCAGAUCCUGGAGGGCCACAAGUUCCCCAAGGAGUCCCACGCCAAGCUGCAGGCCCUCUGGCUGGAGGCCCACUACCAGGAGGCCGAGAAGCUCCGCGGGA